UCAAACGAGACCACUCAAAAACCGGCCAGCUGUACCAACCUACACGCGGAUGCGAGCAAGACCGAGGCAGACAGUUGGGAGGGAGGGGACGGUGCCAGUGGGUCGGGUCCGUUUUUGCAGACGCUAAACCGGUUGUCGUCAGAGUUAUGGAAUAGCCUGCGUCAACAGACCAGCGAGACGGACAAUCGUCAACUCAGGUUCGUUCUGGAUCAGCCUGUUCCGCAGAACGGCUCAGUCUGGAAAGCGGCCAACGUCAACCUGAACGGGAGUCGCUAUUUCGCCUUCCAAGUACGUUGCCCGUUUGAGCAACUUCACAGACUUUUUGCUCUUAUUCCAUUUCCUGACUUUGUCAUGAUAUACCAUGUCUGA